CAAACCAUAGCAACAUCUUGUUUACAGUCUAGCUCCUGGGCUUAAUAGUUGAACGAAAGUUAGUUGCAGGAUAAGUUCACUAAAAACAUGGCUUUGCCUUUCCUACCUGGGAAUCAAUUCGAUAGAAAUCUCGGAAAAACUAAAUACCACUUGUCGCACCAUUUCGAUGUAAAAAAUGAGGUUGCGAUGGAUGUUGGAGACUUUAAGCCUGGAGUUGGAGGGGAACCUCUGUCGUGGAAGAAACCACCACCAAAACAUUCGGCAAUUCCGAGAGGAAGUGGAAGUGCUGUUCCUGCAUUUGUAGCUUUUGAUAAACAAGUGUUGAGCUUUGAUGCUUAUUAUCAAGAGGCCAUAAAUGAGAGAAGAGAAGAGAGAUACAGAGUUCGUAAGUGUAAAAUUCUCUUUUACUUAGAAGACGAUAGUUUACAAGUUGUUGAACCAAGACUAAGAAAUGCAGGAAUCCCUCAAGGAACAAUCAUCAAGCGACAUAGAAUACCAAAACCAGCUCCGCACGAUGAUGAGUUUUACACCGUUGAAGAUCUAAACGUGGGAAACGAAAUUGUUCUUUACUCUCGUCAUUUCAAGAUGACGGACUGUGACCAAUUUACAGCAAAUUUCCUGAAGAAGAUGGGUGUCGACAUUGGACAACCUGUAAUGAUACCAGAUGAUCCUUACAUGAACCACAGAAAAGCUCUUGAUGAAUCCAUGCAACCGCUUAGACCUUAUGAGAAAAAGGAUACUCUUAAACAAUUUCUCGAUCACGAUAGGCAUGUUCUUAGAUUUGAUUGCUUUUGGGAUGACACUGGAGCUAUGUUUGGAGAUCAUCGCGAUAUGGUUCUUCAUUAUUUCUUAGCGGACGAUACCAUUGAGAUUCGUGAGAAAAUUCCCCCAAAUGCAGGUAGGGACUCAACUUCCGUCUUCCUGAGAAGAGGCAAACUACCAAAAGACGUUAUACCAUUGCUUAAACCGGGAGAACAUACCGAUAGAACAGUCUUAAACGUUUUUGGUCCAAUGGGACAUGGUGGACGAUAUAUUUUGGACAGUUUAAAGACAGGAGCUGUCAACAUUCAAUACUAUUCAGAUCAAGAUUUAUGCAUAGGAGCAGAGGUUAAUGUUUGGGGAAGAAAAUUUAAACUAUUGAGCUGUGACGAUUUCACUAAGGAAUACUACAACACAAAAUAUGGAAUAAAUGACUUCAGUCCGAUUACACUAGAAAAAAAUCAGCCUAUAAAGACAACCAGACAAUAUCCUCCUUACAACGGAUUUGGCACGGAAGAGGAUUCACUACAAAAUUGUCUCCAUUUGGAUCCAGGACCACCCAAAAAGGACUUUCUUAAAUUUAUGGAUAAGGACAGAAAAGGUUUAGAUUCCAAUGUUCUCCGUUUCCUGGCUAUUAUGCAGACAGAUGAUCCGAUUAAUAAGGAAAGACGUUUCAUCAUCUCUUACUUUUUGGCUGACGACACUCUUUUGGUUUUCGAACCACCACAAAAGAACACUGGAGUGUCAGGGGGUAAAUUCUUAGAGAGAGGCAGAGUAAAAAAACCAGGUCAAGAAAGGUACGGCGUAGACUUCCCAGAGUAUUAUAAAGCAUCAGAUAUGUUUAUUGGUGCUUGUGUCAACAUUCAUAAUUUCUACUUUGAACUUAUUGAUGCAGAUGAAUAUGCCCUAGCUUAUAUGGAGUCGAACUCUAGAGAAUUUCCCUAUGCCAGCGCCGGCUCGCUAAUGUCAGCUUUACAUGAAGCCGGAGUUGCCAAUGGCAACAGCUUACCCAUGUUUCAAAACACUAUGUCCUAUGAAAGUUUCGCUUCUGCCAUUCAGUCUGCCCUUGGUCCUAAUAACCGACCAACUCCUCAUCAAAUCUUAUCUUUGGCAAGGUAUUAUUCGAUUGGAAAUGAAAGACCCAACAAUGAAAAUUUGGAGAGAUUAGUAGCAAAAGCACAAGCUCAAUUGAACCGAGCCAACUUUGAAAAUUUCGAGGCUCUAGCUGACCAAUGUGUUUAUACGGAUAGGAAUAGAACUGGAUUCAUUUCCCGAGAUGAAAUUAGAACAGCCUGUAGAUCUCUCCGAGUUCCAAUUCAAACUGAACUACUCGGAGCUUUGAUAGCACAUUUACCGGAAAAUGAGCAAGGAUUGAUCGACUAUUGCAACUUUGUAACACUAAUCAAUUGGAGAAAGUGUCCCGUACCGGAAUCUGUUGCUGCUGACAGUACUGAAGAUUUUGUUGGAGGAAAGAAGAAAACUGACGUCAGUCGUAUUAAUGCCGAAAAGAUGCUAGCGGAUCUCUUCAGCAGUGGAAACAACGCUUGCUAA